GGGCAGUCUGGCGGAGGGGCACAAUGUCUCCGUCUAAAAUCAAUAAGAGAGUUUCACAGCUGCAAAUACGGGAAGACACUAUUUAUUUAUAUUUUAUUUAUUUAUUCUUUAAUCAAAGUAAAAUAUUCUCGUUUAUUAAUAUAAUCUGAUUUAUAUCUUUCUAUCUGAAAAAUGAAUUGUUGUAAAUUGUAAUGUACAAAUUCAAUAGUAUUUAUUUCAUUUGUUUUACGAAAUUAAAGGGAUAACCUGUAUAAAUGUCUUUGUUUUGUUUUUUACCAAACAUGCCUUACUAAAAACAUUACUUGUGUGCAACUUGUUUUCGGUUUGGACAGCUAGGACUAGUUUAAUCCCUGUCUGGGAAACCGCCCCAUAGUGUUUCUUUUCCGUGCUAUGGCAGUAAAUGGGGGAUGGGAUCUGUUUGGAUACUGACAUUCUUCCUAAUAUAUUCCUUUGUGUUCAGCAAAACAAAGACAUUUAUACAGGUUUGGAACAACCUGAGGAGAGCUCAGUUUCAGCUGAAGUUGUGGCUGCUGUGGAUGUCAACACAACAGCAAAUGAAAUAUACAAGCACAAUUUUACUAAUACUCCACUUCUACCUAAAACUAUUGAGGGAAUGACUUUACAGGAUUUUGACAAAUUGAACUUUGACAUGAUUCUGAUGAGCCCCCCGUGUCAACCAUUCACCAGGAUUGGUUUACAGGGAGAUGUUACAGACCCCAGAACAAAGAGUUUCCUCUAUAUUUUGGAUCUUCUGCCAAGGCUCAGCAAGUGUCCACAGUUUGUUCUUCUGGAGAAUGUGAAGGGCUUCGAGACCUCUGCUGCAAGAGAUGCUUUGCUUAACACUUUGAGACAGUGCGAUUACAGCUUUCAGGAGUUUCUGUUCUCACCAACACAUCUCGGGAUACCAAACUCCAGGCUUAGAUAUUUCCUUAUCGCGAGGAGACCACCAGGAUGCUUCUCAUUCCAAACUUCAGCAGAGAUAAUGGAAGGUUUCCCCAGACCAGUCUCCAGCGAAUCAUCAGACAACCCGGCUGUUCCAAACAACCAUCCCACACCGUCAGAUUCUGAAAGUAAAAGCUCUGGGCCAAUCAUAUUUAAGCUGGAGACUGCACAAGAGUUAGAACGGAAGAGGAACCAGGACAGCCAGGAGACGGUCCGGAGGCUGCAGGAAUUCCUGCGUGAGGACGACGACAUGGAUCAAUAUCUUCUGCCUCCCAAAACUCUGCUGAGAUACGCUCUACUGAUGGAUAUAGUUCAGCCCAGUAGCAGGAGAUCAGUGUGCUUUACUAAAGGUUAUGGUCAUUAUGUGGAGGGGACGGGCUCUGUCCUGCAGUCCUGUGUCGAUGUGGACUUAGAGAGCGUGUUCAAGAGUCUGGAGCUGCUUUCUGAUGAAGACAAACUAAUGCAGCUCCUCAGAUUAAAACUGAGAUACUUCACACCCCGAGAAAUCGCCAACCUCAUGGGCUUUCCGGAAGAUUUCACAUUUCCAGAGCACAUUUCUGUUAAGCAGCAGUACCGUGUGCUUGGCAACAGCCUGAACAUCCAUGUGGUUUCGAAUCUAAUCCAACUCAUGAUGUCAUAAGAAACAUUUUGAGAUCAAACAGUGGAGGAACUGAGCCAUAAUGCCACUUGGAAAGGCACUUGGAUAUUAUAUACAUGUAUGUAAAUAUAUACAAAUAUAUAAUUAUGUUUUGUCAUGUUUGUACAUUGUUAAUAAAGUUGUUUUUA